AUGUACAAAAUCGUCGUUCGUGAUAUAUAUCGGUGGUCCCUUGCACUCAAAUAGUCAUAAGGCACACGUACGCGUCGCUAUCCAAGACUCCACCAUGCCCGUCGUCGCGUCCUCGUCAAGCGGCGGCGCUGGCUCGUCGUUGAACCGCGCUCCCAAGACACUUACCCCUCAGAGAAAGCAUCGAAAGAUGCUGAAAGAUGGUUCCAGCGAAGUCUGGCCAGAGUCUAUCGAGAAAAUCUUCGUUGAAGGACUACGACAAUACUGGGACUCGCCGUGGGCAACGUUCUCAAGGGGGCGCAGCCGAUGGCGAAAUCAAUUCCUCGUCGAUUACCUCCACAAGAGAGGGAUCGAGCGGUCCAAAAAGCAAGUUGCCAGCCAUAUACAGGUCCUGAGGAAUAUGUGGAAAGGAGAACCUGAGUAUCAGCUAGUUGCUGGCGGAGAUGAACUGUUUCCAGGGACGAACAUGCUCACAUCUGCACAGAAAAUUUAUCCGCAGCAUCGCCUCAUUUUCUGUCCCCGACUCCCUCGGAUCCUGCUUCAAUACCUUCCAGCUACCAAACAGGUAUCCCCGUCCUCGGGGAGGCUGUUCAUAAUGGCCGCCAGUCGCUUCGCAAUCGACUCACCGCUUUGUGCUUAUGGUCUCAACGGAUGG